CCCAAAAAUUGGCAACAUUUGAUUUGAUCAUCACCAAAACAAAAAUGAGAAGAAAAAUUUGUGUUUUUGGUGAUGAGAUUGUAAAGAAAGAUACAAAAACAAAGAUAUAUUUUUAUAAUAUAUAAAAUCAAAUCUCGAGCAUGGCACUAGCAUUAACACAAUGCUCACAAAAAUUAGGCUACCUCAUUUUUCUGUUAGGGAAAAACUUUGUUAUGUUUAUGGCUAUGGUAAUUGCAUGCAAUGCUUUGCAUUAUUUACUAAAGCCUUAUCAACAACCCCGCAUUACAUCGGACAUACUCGUGGGACUAAUUAUGGGAAAUGCGCCAUUUUUACGCGAUCUAUAUGGACAAUUCAACGGUACCUUUGGAUUUAUAAUUGAUUUUGGUAUGAUGUGUUACAUGUUGGCAGUAGGUAUGGAAAUGGAUCCUUACGUACUCUUCAAGAAACCAAGUAGAGAUGUUCAAGUUGCUAUUGUAGGAAUAAUAACCACAUUCCUCAUGGCAUGCUUCAUAACACCAUUUCUCCAUUACUUCACAGGCCACCAUUUACUAGAAUACACCCUCUCCUUCUCAACUCUUCUCUCAAGCACCGCAUCGCCCGUCCUAACGCGUGUCAUAACUAAUCUCAACAUAGGAAAGUCAGAUAUUGGGAAACUUGUUAUAGCAGCAGGGAUGUAUUCAGAUUUUUUGUGUUCUUUUCUUCUUUCAUUUGGAUACAGUUCAAUGCCGUUGGACACGUUUUGCGGUGGUAUCGAAGACAAGGAUCGGAUUAAGAAGGCAGUAGCAAUUUUUUUUGCGGUCGUUGUGCAGACAAUGCUCACAGCCACAAUUUCUCCAGUUUUUAUGAAUUGGGUUAACAAUGAAAACCCUGAAGGGAAACCCUUAAAAGCCUCACACUUAGUACUUUCAAUUGCAUUCAUGGUUAUUAGUUGUGCUUCAUCAAUACUAUAUGAUUAUAGUCCAAUUCUAAGUGCAUUUAUAACAGGAAUAUGUUUUCCUAGGGAAGGAAGAAUUUCCAAAUGGGUUAUCAGAAAAAUCAACUACAUGUUGACAACUAUAUUUUUUCCAUUCUUUUUCUUAUGGAUGGGAUAUGCAGCUGAUUUCAGAAAGUUUGAGGUUGGACAAUUAGAAACAUGGUUAAAAAUAUUUAUACCAAUCAUAAUAGUAAUGGUAGGUGAAGUUGCUGGAACAUUAAUUUCUGGUGUAAUUCUUGGAUUUCAUUGGCCUGAAUCAAUUGCUAUUGGAUUGCUACUAACAACCAAGGGACAUUUUCAUAUCUACAUGGCUAUCAAGAUGAUGAAUUGCAACUCUGAUACUUCCUCCGGUAUUUCUUUGGUAAUUGCAAUAUUUUUCACAGUGGUGCAUGCGCCUGCAGUUGUAGCACGGAUCAUCAAACGUGCGCGACAAAAAGCGCCUACUCAUCACAUGUCACUCCAGUUACUUGAUCCAUCAAGUGAGCUAAGGAUUUUAUUGUGCCUUCAUGGACUCGACAACAUUUCUGGUUCCAUAAACUUCAUGGAGAUAUCAAGAGGGAAAUCAGACCCUGGAAUUUUGGUAUAUGUGACAGAAAUGAUUGAACUAACUGAUCAUAUAGCAGUCACAGUAGAAAAGGGUGAAGGAGUAGAAACAACAAUUGUGAAAGACAAGGACGUCAUGGAGAUGAGAGACCAAAUAACUAGCUCGUUUCAAGCUCAUAUAGAUGAUGAUGAUGAAGGUGUUACGAUCAAAAGAACAUUGGCAGUGGCAACAAUUAAUAACAUGGCACAAGAUAUCUGCACUUUGGCAGAGGAUUUGAUGAUUGCACUCAUCAUACUACCAUUCCAUAGGAUACAAUGUGAAGAUGGAAAAUUGGAUGGUGGCAAUCAAGGAUUUCGUUAUGUAAAUCGAAAGUUAUUGAAGAGUGGUCCUUGUUCAGUGGGGAUUCUAGUGAAUAGAGGCUUAGGAUCCAUUGGAAAGAUAUCAAAGUCUCAAAUAUCAGUGAAUGUGGCAACAGUGUUCAUUGGUGGAAAAGAUGAUAGAGAAGCCCUUGCCUACACUGGUCGUGUAUCAGGGCAUCCAGGAGUUAAACUAACAGUUAUAAGAUUCUUAGUAGACACAAGUGUGGAAUCUUCAAGAAUAUCAGCAUACAGGGUAAGCCUUCCAGAGAAAGAAGAGGAAAUGGGGUUGGAUGAUGAAUGCUUUGCACAGUUCUAUGACAAACAUAUUUCCAGUGGCAAUGUUUCCUAUUUGGAAAAACAUCUUGCUAAUGCAGCUGAGACUUUCUCUACUCUUAGAUCAUUUGAAGGACAAUACUCAUUAGUCAUUGUAGGAAGAGAAGGUGGAUUGAACUCAAUAUUGACAAAAGGGAUGAAUGACUGGCAACAGUGUCCAGAAUUGGGACCAAUAGGUGAUGUUCUUUCAGGACCAGACUUUUCAAAAACAGUGUCUGUCUUGGUAAUCCAACAACACAAACGUAAAGGAGAAAUAGAUGGACUUGAUGAGGAAUUCUCCAUCAUGUAGGAGUAGAUUCAUGGAUAGGUAGAGUAGAGAUAGAUACUAAUUGUACAAAGGAAACAAAAAAUUUGUAGAAAGAAUUACUUUGUGAAAAUUGUAAAGAUAAAAUGUAAAA